AUGAACAUCGUGCAUAAAGAUGGGAUAGAAAACGAACCUGCUGCUAAACAUGAAAUGGAAAUUGAAAGUACAGAUCAUGCCGUCUUUGCAUCUCUUUUCCACGUUUUUGACGCAGAUAUGAGAGCUGAGCUGACAGAAUUGCAGUCAACGUUUGUGGAAACUUCGCAGGAGCUAGAUAAAACGCGCAACAUGUUGCAGAUGCAGUAUCGACUGAGCAACGAGUGCCAGACAGAGUUGAACGAAGUAAAGAACGUUUAUAAAGCAUCAAAGCAAGAUCUAGAACAUCAACUGGCUGCGCUGAAAGAGACUCUGGGACAGAAGGAACAAGAAAUUAAAGAGUCAGUCUUGGUUCAGCUUCAUCAAUCGAUUGCCAGCAAUUACAGGACAUUGGCUACAGGUGAAAUAAGCUUGAAGUCUUUACUUGACUUUCAAGUACAAAACAUAAAAGACGAAGUGGACUUGAUCGGCGCUGAAGAAAUAUUCGACGCUGUCGUGAUAGGAACUGCCGCGUUCGCUAUCGAAGCGAAGAUACCGAUGACUCGAUUUUCGAAUAUCUACGAGCAACUCGUCAUUCAUAUUUUCGAUGACGAUGCUCCAAAUAUCGACCUUUCGUACCUGGGAGAAGUUGCAAUUCCACUUCUUCCUCUCAUUUCGAAAAAAUCGCUGUCUGAUUCAUUUCCUAUCAAAAAAGAAUCUUUUCAACUGGAGUCCUUGAAAUCACCUAAGGUAACGAAACAGCCUGAUGAUGAGAAGCGAACCAGGAACAUAGAAUGCAGUGAUCCGGCUGAAAAUGAAUCAGGAAAGAUUCUAGAAACUCGUGAAGUUCAGACACAAACCGCAGAAAUGGCCUUACCGGAAGCUUUGGACGACGGCAUGGAAAUGACUAAGGCCAAAGCAUCAUCAGAUCUUUUGGAUGAAGCAUCGUGCACCUACUCUUUGAAUGACAUCAGUGAAUCCGUUUCGGAAAAUGAAAUCGCGGAAGGUGAAACGGAUUUAAACUUGAGCAGAAAAACGACCGCAGCCUCAGACUCAGCCUCCAACUCUGACUUGCCAUUGGUAGUGAAAUCGGAAGACAAAGCCAUAGAGUUAACCGAAUACGCUCCGAUCGAGCAAAACGUCCAAGAGGCUCUUGCGCCGGCAAAUUCUGUUGGAGAAAGUGUUGGCAAGUUGCAAUGUUAA